GGGAAACUUCGCCCUCCGCCCGCAGGGGCGGGAGGACCUCCUUCUCCGAGCCCUUUUCUGAUUUCUGUUCUAGGCGUGCUGGGUGGAAGGCCGCCUGGAGCGAUCCGAUCGCGGUGGGUGGGAACGCUGGAAAGAAUGGAUCCCCCCCCUUUUUUUUUUUAAAGAAAAAGGGGAGGGGGCUGCAGUUUGUUCCUCCUGGCUGGCUAAGGAGAAAUGACUAUUGUUUCCAGCUCUCGUUGCCUCUGGGGCCACCGGUGUUCAUUCUUAUUUGUAGCCCUUAACCGGGGUCUGGUGGCUGCUCCUAAGAUGAUUCAUUUAGUUGAUCCAGUGGGGCAAAUGUGGGGUCUAAAUGUUAUGUUAGAUCCUACCCGGAAGUUUAUGUUCCACACACGUGGUCCUUUCUAGGAAGAUUUGUAAGGUUUAUUUUAUUUUUUGCUAUAUUCUGUUGGGCAUCACCAGAGUCUUCAGGUGUCUGUGAAAUUGUUUGGGAUUAUUGUUGAUUAGAUUUUUUGUCCUGGCAACCGCCAAAGACCUCAGUUGACAAGACCUCAGAUAGGCAAACUUGCAUGUCUAUCUAGUUGACUCUAGACUCGCUAAGCUCUUUCUCCAGGCAGAGGUUUUGUUGGUGUAUUGGUUGCUGCAUAAUUUUCCAUCAGUCUCUUUUGGAAACUGAUACUUAUGUCUCAUAAAGUAAACAGAUUCUGUUUGAAAUGUUAAUUGUUUGGAAACUGAAUUCAGUUUGAAACCUUGAUCAAGAAUGCCAGUGCAAUCUUCAAUAAAAUGCCACAACUUUUUGUUUUAAUAACGUGCAUGUUUAAUGAGUGCUCAUUCAUAACUCUUGAAGGUGUUGAAUUUUCUUGAUACCUCUGAGGAAAUUUACCCAAGCCUCUAGGUUAGCAAGAUAGAGCAGUUUGAACUUUGAGUUGCUACGUGUCUUUAUGUUUGGUUUUUGUUUUAUACAAUCCAUUGAAAGAGAAUGUAGAAAUCUAUUCCCAUAUAUUUCAAGCUUGAAAACGAAGCCUCAGCAAGUUGGCAGAACCCUGAGGUUGUCAUCCUAGGGUAGGUGCACCCCAGGGAGACAAUCAAGGGAGCUUAACUGUAAAUUGGAAUGUGUAUUGCUUUUAGGAGUGCAUAUUAUGAUCCUGUUUUUUAAAUUACUGUACUGGAAGCUAAUGGGCCAAAGAGAGAAGCUUCCUGUCUUCUUGGGUGACUGUAGAGAAGGGGCUAAAUCUAAUGCGAACAGUUACAAUAAAGAAAAAAGAAAUUGUAUCCCCAGCAGAGCAUUAUUUAGCUAUAAUGUUAUGUGGUCAGCCUUAUAGGAAUCACAUGGUCUUGGUACGAUGAACUCUUGAAUGGGGGUCGUAGGGAAAAUGUGCCUAGAAAAGAGCUAAAGCAGAAGUGAAAUGUUUUUGGUGGGGUGGCCAGUGAAACAAUGAUGCAUGAGUGUUAAAAGUCUGUGGUAUUCUUAGGUUAAUGGGUUACCUGUUACCUGUCUCUGGCACUGUCAGGCUCCACUCCUGCCUGUUGUUCUGCUUGGAAGAUUAAUGGGAUAUUUGAGGGGUGCCCUUUUCUAGUAUUUUGAAUUCAUAGUUUAUUUACAAAGAAGUUUGCUCUUCAUUGGGCUGGGAAAACUGGAAGUCUAGCGUCAUAACUGUAAAUGUGCCUACACAUAAGUAGGUUCCACCAUGCUAACUGGAGUUUCCAACAGUCCAAUCUUCCAUGUAUUUCCUUGAAGUAUCUCCAAGUAAACUAACAGGAGUUCUUAAAAGGAGGCAUUACAGCAGGAGGGCAACUCAAUUUGAUAUUAUUUAAUUUAGAGGAACUAUAACUCUUUACAGAAUGACUUGGAGAAGUGAUUUUCAUUCAGCCUUCUGAAUACAACAAUAACUUUCUGUCAAAUGUUCCAGAUGUUUCUGAACUUGGUUGCGGGAGCUUUUAAGGGAUCUUGUGUCAGCUGAGAGGCAAUAUAGGGGUGCCAUUUUUAGAGGUGAAGAGGUAGAAGAAACAUGGCGUUUAGUAGAAGCAGCUGUUCCAUUGUAAAAGGCUUAUCUAUAAUUUGCUUUGUUUCAGAGAUGGUGGAACCAGGACAAGAUCUUUUGCUUACAGCUUUAAGUGAAAGUGGAAUUAGCCCAAAUGACUUGUUUGAUAUCGAUUCUCCAGAUAUGGGUCUCGCAACUGCACCUCCAGCUAUUCAGCAGUCAGUAUCUCUUAAUGCAUUAGAGCUGGGUUUGGAGUCAGAAGCAUCAGUAGCUGUUAAAGCAGAGCCCCAGGCUGCAUCGUCUCCUACAGUACUGAACAUCAGACAACCGCCGUCCACCACAACCUUUGUCUUGAAUCAAAUAAACCAGCUCCCUACCCUGGGGACUACCAUUGUAAUGACAAAAACAACACCCGUGACCAGUACCAGGCAGACCAUUACCGUAGCAAAAAUCAUACAAACCAGCACCACCACACGGCCGUCGGUGACAGUGCCAGUGGCGCGGAACACCCUGACGACCCCAGUGCCCAAGGACCAGAUCCAGCUGAAAGAUCUCCUUAAAAACAAUAGUCUUAAUGAACUCAUGAAAUUAAAGCCUCCUCCCAACAUUGCUCCGCCUGUUGCGACUGCGGCAACUGAUCUGAGUAAUGGUGCUGUUAAAAAGGAGGCUUCAACUAAAGAAGUUACAAGGAUAUGGGUAAAUGAUCUAAAAAUGAGAAGCUUCUCUCCUACCAUGAAAGUGCCCGUCACAAAAGAGGAGGAAGAACCUGAGGAGGAGGAUGAAGAAGAAAUGGGUCAUGCAGAGACAUAUGCCGAAUACAUGCCCAUAAAACUAAAAAUUGGCUUGCGCCAUCCAGACCCGGUAGUAGAAACCAGUUCUCUCUCCAGUGUUACCCCUCCUGAGGUGUGGUAUAAGUCUUCAAUUCCCGAAGAAAGUAUUGACAGCGGUUGGCUGUCAGCCUUGCAGCUUGAAGCUAUUACUUAUGCAGCACAGCAACACGAGACAUUCCUACCUAAUGGAGACCGAGCCGGCUUUUUAAUAGGCGAUGGCGCAGGUGUGGGGAAAGGAAGAACCAUAGCUGGAAUCAUCUAUGAAAACUACCUCUUGGGUAGAAAAAGGGCAGUGUGGUUUAGUGUUUCAAAUGAUCUGAAAUACGAUGCAGAAAGGGAUUUGAGAGAUAUUGGAGCAAAAAACAUUUUGGUCCAUUCAUUAAACAAGUUCAAAUAUGGAAAAAUUUCUUCCAAGCAUAACGGAAGUGUGAAGAAAGGUGUCAUCUUUGCCACCUAUUCUUCACUUAUUGGGGAAAGUCAGUCUGGAGGGAAAUAUAAAACCAGACUCAAGCAGCUGCUUCACUGGUGUGGAGAUGACUUUGACGGAGUGAUAGUGUUUGACGAAUGCCACAAGGCUAAAAACCUUUGUCCGGUUGGCUCUUCAAAACCAACUAAGACAGGAUUAGCUGUUCUGGAACUGCAGAACAAGCUUCCAAAGGCCCGGGUUGUCUAUGCUAGCGCCACAGGUGCGUCAGAACCCCGGAACAUGGCAUACAUGAACCGCCUUGGGAUCUGGGGUGAAGGGACGCCAUUUAGGGAGUUCAGUGAUUUUAUUCAAGCAGUUGAAAGAAGAGGUGUGGGUGCCAUGGAAAUAGUUGCUAUGGAUAUGAAGCUAAGAGGAAUGUACAUAGCAAGGCAACUGAGCUUCUCAGGGGUCACCUUCAAAAUAGAUGAAGUUCAGCUUUCUCAGCACUACGUUAAAAUGUAUAAUAAGUCUGUGAAAAUGUGGGUAAGUGCCAGGGAGAAAUUCCAACAGGCAGCUGACCUCAUUGAUGCUGAGCAGCGCAUGAAAAAGUCAAUGUGGGGCCAGUUCUGGUCUGCUCACCAGAGAUUUUUUAAAUACCUCUGCAUUGCAUCCAAAGUAAAAAGAGUGGUACAACUGGCCCGAGAAGAGAUCAAGAAUGGCAAGUGUGUGGUCAUUGGGCUACAGUCCACGGGAGAAGCAAGAACCUUAGAAGCUCUGGAGGAAGGUGGCGGAGAACUGAAUGACUUUGUCUCCACAGCAAAGGGGGUAUUUCAGUCUCUCAUCGAGAAACAUUUCCCAGCUCCUGACCGGAAGAAGCUUUUCAGCUUGCUGGGAAUCGAUCUGUCUGUCCAGAGUAACAACAGCUCUCCUCGAGACAGUCCUUGCAAGGAGGAUAAAGUAAAGAAGCGUAAAGGGGAAGAAAUCACACGAGAAAUCAAGAAAGCCCGUAAAACUGGUGGCCUAGCUGGGAGCAGCUCCGACGAAAGCUUCAGCGAGUCCGAGGCCUCGGAGAAUGAGGAGAGCGACAACGAGAGUUCUCGGUUCUUAAGCUCUGGAGAUGACGACGACUUCAACCCGUUUAGGGAUGAAUCUAGUGAAGAUGAUGAAGAUGACCCAUGGCUAAUUCGAAAAGAACAUAAGAAAAAUAAAGAGAAGAAGAAGAAGAAAAGCAUAGACCCCGAUUCUAUUCAGAGUGCCUUAUUAGCUUCUGGUCUCGGAGCCAAACGGCCAAGUUCUCUGUCCUCCACAGCGGUAACCCCUUCUACAAAUAUAUCUGCAUCCAGUAACACAAACACCAGCUACGUGACAAGUCAGGAUGCUGUUGAAAGGGCCCAGCAGAUGAAAAAAGAAUUGCUUGAUAAACUGGAGAAGCUAUCAGAAGAUCUUCCUCCUAAUACACUGGAUGAACUCAUAGAUGAACUGGGAGGUCCUGAGAAUGUAGCUGAGAUGACAGGUCGCAAAGGAAGAGUUGUGAGUAAUGACGAUGGCAGCAUUUCGUAUGAGUCGAGAUCUGAGCUUGAUGUUCCAGUUGAAAUCCUAAAUAUUACCGAGAAGCAGAGAUUCAUGGAUGGAGAUAAGAACAUCGCCAUCAUCUCUGAAGCAGCCAGCUCAGGCAUAUCUUUGCAAGCAGAUCGGAGAGCCAAAAACCAGAGAAGGAGGGUGCAUAUGACCCUGGAGUUGCCAUGGAGUGCAGAUCGGGCAAUUCAGCAGUUUGGGCGAACUCACCGGUCCAACCAAGUUACUGCCCCAGAGUAUGUCUUCCUAAUUUCUGAAUUGGCAGGAGAACAGAGAUUUGCAUCGAUUGUUGCCAAACGGCUAGAGAGCUUGGGAGCUCUCACUCACGGUGACAGAAGAGCAACAGAAACUAGAGACUUGAGUAGGUUCAACUUUGACAACAAGUAUGGUCGAAAUGCAUUGGAAAUAGUCAUGAAGUCCAUUGUGAAUUUGGAUUCCCCUUUAGUGUCUCCGCCAGCUGACUAUCCAGGAGAGUUUUUUAAAGAUGUUAGACAAGGUUUAAUAGGUGUCGGCCUAAUCAAUGUUGAAGACCGUUCGGGGAUUCUCACCCUCGACAAAGAUUAUAACAAUAUUGGGAAAUUCCUGAACCGAAUCUUGGGCAUGGAAGUACACCAGCAGAAUGCUCUAUUCCAGUACUUCUCAGAUACGCUCAACGCAGUAAUUCAGAACGCUAAAAAGAACGGAAGAUACGACAUGGGCAUAUUAGAUCUGGGUUCAGGAGACGAAAAAGUGAGGAAAGCAGAUGCUAAAAAAUUUCUAACGCCGGGCUAUUCUACCUCUGGACACGUUGAACUGUACACCAUAAGUGUGGAAAGAGGAAUGUCUUGGGAGGAAGCCACCAAGAUUUGGACUGAGCAGAACGGACCAGAUGAUGGAUUUUAUUUAUCGCUCCAGAUCCGAAAUAGUAAGAAAACCGCCAUCCUCGUGAAAGAGGUGAAUCCCAAAAAGAAGCUUUUCCUGGUCUACAGGCCGAAUACCGGAAAACAAUUGAAACUGGAAACCUACGCAGAAAUAAAGAAAAAAUAUAAAAAAGUAUCCUCUGACGAUGCUGUGACUCACUGGCUCGAACAGUACACCUCAUCAGCAGACACGUGCACCCACGCUUACUGGAGAGGCAACUGCAAAAAGGCGGGUUUGGGCCUCGUUUGUGAAGUCGGCUUGCGCUGCCGGACGUACUAUGUCCUCUGUGGUUCUGUCCUGAGCGUUUGGACAAAGGUGGAAGGGGUUCUUGCCUCAGUUAGCGGCACAAACGUCAAAAUGCAGAUUGUUCGCUUGCGGACCGAGGAUGGCCAGAGAAUUGUAGGCUUGAUCAUUCCAGCAAAUUGUGUGUCUCCCCUCGUCAACCUCCUGUCGACAUCAGAUCAGUCGCAGCAGUUGGCGGUGCAGCAGCAGCAAAUAUGGCAACAGCAUCAUCCGCAGAGCAUCGCCAACUUCAACAGUGCAUGAGAAAGAUAUUUGGUAUUUGGCUCUACCACCCUAGCGUUGCUCUCUCUCUCUUUUUUUUUGGCCCCCUUUUUUCCCUCUCUCUUUUUUUUUCUUUAAUUAUCAGGGACAGAUUCCAAAGAAUUAACUUUCAGCUCCAUCACGCUGUCUUAGAACUCUGCAGAAGGGAAGAGAGGCACCCGAAGAGUGGUCGGACUGAAAGCCCAGCCUUGCUUUACAGUGGUCCAUGCCUUUCCUUUUUUUUUUUUUUAAAUUUCCCCUAGCCCUGCUUUCUACACACCGGCUCCCCCCCUCCUACUGAAGCGACAACCGCAAUCGUCUGUUUGGAAGAGGCUUGAAGUUUCCCAGUCAAGCUGUCCGUUCACCCGGUCGUCUGGUGCUCAGGGUUGAAUGCAGUACAUCAGGGCCAUGCUGCCGGAGAGCUGCUUGGAUGCAUGUCUUGGGUUCCUACAUAGAGACU